AUGUCGAUGGAACAUCAGUUUCUGGAUAAUGAUAAUAAGACGAAUUCAGACACGGAAAAUAACCCAAAGCUUUUAUCCCUAGCAAAUAUAAAAGCACUUAAGUUAUUCGAUACGGAAUUUAUAGAAAAGUAUGGAUCUUUACCUGUAUUGUGGGAUAGGGAGCAUUCUGAUUAUAACAACAAAUAUAUCAGAUAUGAAGCGCUCGAACAAUUACUGCCAAUAUUAAGAAAACAAGAGCCUAAAGUGACAAUAUAUCAUGUUCGAAGAAAAAUUAAUACUUUAAGGUCUAACUAUAGAAAAGAAUUAAAAAAAUAUUUAUUGUCAAAACGUGUAAGAUCUGAUGGUGUAGAAUAUUAUACAUAUCCAGAGAGAAAUUGGAAGUUCUUCGCAUUAAAACGUUUUCUGGGUAGUGAUAUAGAUCUAAAUAAUAAAUUAGAAGAGUGCAAUUACGAUGAGGAAAUUGAAUUUGAAAAUUUUCAGGACGAAUCUUGCGAUGUAUUAGAAGACGAAAAUGAAUCAGUCCAUGAAGCAAAUGUGAAUUUUCCAAAAGGAAAUUCUACACCAUCAACUGACACACCGCAACUCAAGAGGGUAAAGAGGGAAUCAAUAACUAUUGAUGAAGUGAAUGAUGUUGAAUUGAAGGCAGUAGCAACAAACGUUGUGUGUAAAUUAAAAAGAAUGAAUGAGGAACAGAGAUGCCAGGCCGAAUUAUUAAUAAACAAAGUGUUGUACCACGGGUUGAAGGGCAAUUUAACAUCAGAUACCGAUCUAGCCGAAGUUGAACAUCGAUGA